AUUAAAUAUAAAUGGAGACUGAUUCAGCGCAAUCAAGCCAUAGACAUGCUUACAUAGACUUUAAUACAACAGAAGGAAUGAUGCCACUAGAGCAAUCAAGUAGUGACCAAAAUUGUGACCCUGAGAGUAUUACAGAGGAGGAAAUUGCUCUAGUAGAUGAGCAUGUCCUCAAGAACAUUCACCGUCAUAAAUCUAAACGUGCCCAAGUGAUUGAAGAGGACCAAUUAGAGCAUUUGAUUAGAAAUAGAAACUCUGAGAUUUUUAAAGAAAGCAAUAAUAAAGUCCAGAAGGAAAUCAAACAAAAGAUGGCAAACUUACAGAAGCAGAUUGAGUCGAAACAUAAAAGGCACCAAGAGGUCAAUAUGAGCAAGCAGAAGGCUGCCCUUGACCUGAUCAAGAAAAAAACAGAGAUGGAGAAAAUGAAGAAACUUCAGAAAUUCUCAUCAAAUAUGAGAUAUACAGAUGAUCCUGAGUUUGGUGGAAAUUAUUCAGAAUCAUAUCAGAAAUGAGGCCUAAAUCUCCCAGGAAUUGUCCCAGAUAGCGAAAGAAGUGAAGAUAACCAAAUAUUUGAAGAAGAAUUUGAAGCUAUUACAGAAGAUGUGAAGGAUCUAAAUACUAGCCAAACUGGAAAAGGACAAAGCCAGGAAGAAAAUUCACAUUCUUCCAACUUAGGUAAAACUGAGCAGAACUCUGAAGGUAAAACUGACAGUAAACCUGGAAAGAAGAAAACAAUUGAGGAAGAGAAAGUUCCUCCAAAGAAAAAGGCUAGUGGCUUGAAAAUAUCUAUAAAUGACCCAAUAAUAGAAAAGAGAACGGAGAAAAUCACGCAGGAAGUAAGAAGAGAGUCUGAACUUCCUGUAUUACCCCCUGUAAGUCCGAACACAAAUAAUCAGAUAAAAGCGAGGUUGAUACAAACUGCUGAUAAUAUUCGUAUGCCAAAGAUUGACAAAAAGCCUAAUCAAGACCUUUCUCAUGCUAAGCCUCCUAAAAAUGUUUUAACGCCAAAAGGAAAUAAUUUUGCUAGAAAGAGACCUUAUGAAGAUGCUAUGAGUGUGAAAAAGACAGGAAUUAUGUACCGGACUAUCAAUAAUGUUCCAAGUUCUCCAGGCCCUCAUAAUAGAACUCUCCAGAAGAAUCACUUAUCUAAGAAAUUCUCUUUCAACUUGAAUGAGAAUCAGCCUUCGAGGAAGGUCUUAGAAGUUAAGGGAGAUAACAUGUUUGCAACAUUUAGGAGAGAUACUUACCAAGAUCAUCAAAUGCUAGAGAAAAUAAAUGAAGACAGCGACCUCUCAGAGGAUGCAAUCAUUGAGUGAUCCAAUGAGCAGGAUGAUUGGAAAGAGCCAUCACAUCUCAGAACUAUUAAGAAAAAGAAGACUCCUAAUAAGAACUCUAAAAAUCAUAAAAGAUACAAGUUUAGUGCUAAGAUACAAGCUCAGCCAAAAGUGAGGAACGAAGUUAAAACUCCUGUGCAUAAGACAAGAACAUCGAUUCAUUUAAGUUUUGGGAAUAAUCCUGGAAAGACCCAGCAAGCUUAUGAGCAUACAACUCCUUAUCUAUCUCCUCAUAAGGCAACUAGCCUGAAGACUGUUAGAGGAAUUCAAGAGAGAAGGUUUCCUGAAAAGAGAGUCGAGAAGUUCAAUCAUCUCUUUGAUAAAGGAAUUCACAAUACUGUGAGAGUAAGUAAAACCAGAUAUUCAAUGGAGAACACUACUUCUGUGAGGCCACCUACGUACAAAAUGAGCCCUAAAGGAUCGAGGAUCAACUCAAGAGAUGCAAGAGCUGUGUUUAAGUCUCCAAGAACUCCAGCCAAUUUCUCAGUUAAAUAAAAUAUCUAUUACUAGAGAAAGUAGUGUUGAAGAAGUCAAGCAAUAUGACAUCAAAGCUAGUAAAGGAAGGAUUAUUAGAAGAAUAGCAAGAUCAGGGAUUAGAAAGAACUCUAAAAUCAGGGAAACACAAAGACUAGCAACUUCUAACUCCUUAAAGAUCACUGGAGUAGGAGGAGACAGUAAUAAAUCAAAGGAGAUUCCUCCAUCAUAUGGUAAAAUAGAGAAUUCUUAUCACAGGAAGGUGAUUAAGACUAUUAUCGCAAAGAUAUGACUACCAAGAGGCAAGAAAUGUAAAUCAGAAAGGAAGAAAGCCAUUGAUAUUAUUAACAAUGAAAGCCAAGCAUAUUUUGCCAUUUUAUUUGGUCGAAAAAAAUUUAUGAACAGUAAUAAUUUCAAAGGAGUCUACAAGCAUAUUUGUGGGACUCAUCUACUUAAGAUAUACGGUGACCCUCUCUUACCACCAAAGAUCUCUUGAAAAAUGAUAGAAGGUUUCUUCAAAUUUGAUGUUGUUUUGAACAAACUAAUGCCCAUUCCUACACAGACUAGGAUAAGUGAGCAAUUUCAUGCCUUCUAUCUCGACCUAAAGAAAUGGACCUCCCUUCAGAAAUCAGAAAGCAUUGGUCAGAGAAUUUAUAAAUUAAGAGAAUAA